AUGACAGAGAGGAAACAACAAGAACGAGAUAACAUAUAAGUUUCAAUAAGAAUAAAGUACAUUAAAAAGGCAUGUAACUAGACCCAUGUUUGAAGAAGGAAAGACGUGUAUUCGAAUUGAUCCAAACCUGAAGAAUACCAUCAUCAUAGAGGGAUAGAAUCAGUAAGAGUAGAAAUUCUUUUCAUUCGAUAAUGUAGCUGGACCAGAUACUACAUAGGAAGAUAUUUUUUAGAUGAUUGGAUAACAAUAAGCCAGCAAUUGUUUAGAAGGUAUGCUUAACUGUAAUUAUAGGCUACAACGGAUGUGUGUUUGUAUAUGGUUAAACAGGGUCAGGGAAAACAUAUACUAUGACAGGGACAUCAUAAUAGCCAGGAGUAUUACCACGUAUUAUAGAUUAUCUCUUUGGAUGUGUAUUUGAGGACUAAGAAAAAGAUCCCUCAGUUGAAUACUUAAUAAAAUGCUCACAUCUCGAAAUUUAUAAUGAACAUAUCAUUGAUCUUCUUAAUCCUGAUUUGGGUAGCUUAUAACUUCGAGAGGAUCUAAAUAAAGGAGUAUACGUUGAAUUUUUGACUGAAGAAUGUUGUGCCAAUGUUAUAGAAGCUAUGGAAGUAGUUUAGAGAGGUAAUGAGAAUAGACACAUUUCAUCUACAUAAAUGAAUUUUGAAUCUUCACGUUCGCAUAGUGUAUUUACAGUUUAAUUGGAAUCAAGAAGAUAAAGUCAUUCGCUUAUUAAUCAUAGAUUUUCCAGAUUUCAUUUUGUAGAUCUUGCUGGUAGUGAAAGAUAAAAACACACUUAAGUUUAAGGUGAAAGACUUAGAGAAGGUUGUUAAAUCAAUAGAAGUCUUCAUAUUCUAGGAAAUGUAAUCAAUUCACUUGUAGAAGAUAAAGAAUAAAAUAGAUAUGUUCAUUAUAGGGAUUCUAAGUUAACAUUCUUACUCAAAGAUUCUUUAGGAGGUAAUUCUAGAACUCAUCUAAUUGCUAAUAUAUAAUAAUCUAACUUAUUUUAUUAAGAAACACUAUCAACUCUUUUGUUCUCUAAAAGAGUUAAAUAAGUUAAGAAUAAAGCUAGAGUUAAUGAAGAUGAAAGUGGAUCUUUAGAAAGUCUAAAAAAUGAAAUUAAAAGAUUAAAAUAAGAAUUAGCUAAAUGGAUUGUAGGUCUCUAAAGUACUUCUAAAUUAGCUGAAUCUCCUUCCAAAUAAAAUAUCAGUAAAUGUUUUAUUUAUUGUUUAGUUAUGCAUAAUAUUAAUUUUGAAGAUCUUAAUGCAACUGAUCAGAGAUAUAUUAAAUUAGAAGAAAUACUUAAAGUUUAUCUUGAAUAAUCAACUGAAAGUGAAACUGCACUUUAUGUUGAAAUUGAAAAGUACCUCAGUGGUAUUAAAGAAUUAAGGGAAGCUUUUUAAUUAAGUUCUUAACUUGAAUAACAAUUAAAAUUAAUUAUUAGAUUGUAAAAUGAAUAAAUUGUGAGAUUAAAACAUGCUAAUGGAGCUGAAGAUUUAUCUAAUGAUUAUUAAGAAGAACUAUCUAAAGCACUUUUAAGUUAAGCAGCAGUAAUGAAGAAAUUCUCUGAUAGUCUUAGAAUCAAAGAAGGUUCAGCAAAAAAUGUUGAUAAAGCUAAAUUAUAAAUUAAUGAAAAUGUUUAAUUGCUCAACACUAUUGUGGCAACUGUUAAUGUAAUAAAUCUCAUUUAUCAUAUAAGGGAUCUUUAGAUGAAAGAAAAAAAUUACAAAAAUAAAUUUAAUAACAACUAUCUUAAGUUUAUGUACCUGUAGAAGAGUUUACAUAAUUACAAAAUGAAAAAGAAAAACUUAAUGAACAAUUUAACAAAUAAACAGAUAAAGAAGAAAAAAUUAAAUAAUCUCUUGAUAAGAUAGGAAUUACACUUGAUAUUAAAGAUGAAAUUAAAAUCAUUGAUCAUAAGUAAAGAGAUUUAACUUUAGAUUAAUAAAAUGAGUAAUUGGAACUCAAAAGUAGAGCUGUUGAAGAAUUAAAUCUAUUAUUAGCAUAAAAAGAAUAAGAAAUACAAUAAAUUGUUGAAUAAAAUUAAAUAUAAGUUUAAGAUGUUAAUCUAUUAAAUUAAAAAUUAGAAGAAAGUAAAUAAGAAGUUCUAUAAUUAUAAUAAUAACUUUCAUAAUAAUAGCAAGAAUUAUAAUAAACAAAAUAAUAAUAAGAGAUUUUAACUAAUACUAUCAAUUAAUAUAAGACUGAAAAUGAUUAAUUAAAAUAGUAAAACAAUUCUUUAAAAUCUGAAAAAGAAAAUUUAUAAAUCCAAAGUAAUCAAAAUUUAGAAGUUUUAAAUAAUUCUUUACAAGAAUAGAAACAAUAAAAUGAAAAUUUACUUAUUCAAUUACAAAAAUCAAUGUAAGAACAAAAUAAUUUAAUCAAUUAAAUUGAUUCUAAUUUAAAAGAAAACACUGAUCUUAAAUAAUAACAUCUUUAAUUGAUAAGAGAAAAAUAAAAUAUAUAAUUAGAAAGUUAAUAAUAAAUUGAUGAUUUAUUGAAAUAAAUUUAAGAAAUCAUUAAAUAAAAAGAGUAAUAAGAAUAAUAAUAUUAAAAUGAACUUCAAAUUAUGAACAAUAAAUCUAAAAUUGAUAAAAAUAAUAUUUAAUUAGAGCAUGAGAGUCAGAUAAAUGCUUUGGUGAAAUAACAUAAAUUUGAGAUAGAAUAACUGACAAAUGAAAAUAAACGAUAAUUGGAUUAGUUUGUUAAUUAAUAAGAAGCAGAAAUUUAGAGUUAAAUUAAACAAUUGACAAAUUAAAUUUAAUCAUAGAAUAAAGAAUUAACAGAGAGACAAUUAAAAUUGGAAAAUAAAAAUAUUGAAUUUUAGGUAAAUUUCUUUUUAUCCUUAGCUUUUAAAAGAAAAAUAAGAUAAAUUAGAAUAUGAGAUAGAUAAGGAAAGAAAUGAUUAUGAAUUAUAAUUAGAAGAAAAAUAAGUUUAAUUUGAAGAUGUUUAUGAAUAAUAAUAAAAGAUAAUAGAGUAGAAAGAUAAAGAAUUAUAAUAAUAAAAGAAUGAUUAUGAGAGAAAAUAAUAGGAAAAAGAUUUAGAAAUAAGAGAAAUAAAAUAGAGUUAUGAAAAGUUAUUAGAAGAAAAGAAGAUUAUUAUAAAAUAAUAGGAAUAAGAGCUAUUGACUAAGAAGGAAGAGUUGAAUCAGGCAGUUUAAGAGUUAUUAAGCAAAGAUGAAGAAUUUAAAGAACAAUUAAUUUAAGUAAAUGAAAAACAAAAAGAAUUUGAAGAUAAUUGUUUUGAGUUAUAAAGCAGAGCUAUUCCAGAGAAAGAAUAAGUAAUUGAAUAAUUGAGAGCAGAUAUUGAAUAGAAAGAAUAUGAUUUGUAAGUUUAAAAUGAGGAUUUUAUGAAUUAAUAAAAUCUUCUAUUUGAUAUAAUUAAAGGAAAAGAUAUUGAAAUUACUAAAUUAAAAGAGGAUCUUGAUGAUUAUAGUAAUAGAUUAGCUGAAGCAUCAAUAGUAAUAGAUAAAUAUUCAAAUUGCAAUUCUGAAUUGAAAGGAACAAUCAAUUAAUAAAAUUAGUAAUUAGAAAAAUAAUAAUAAAUAAUUAAUGAAUUAUAAAUGAAAGAGAAUACAUCUACUUAAAUAUAUGAUGAAAAGAUGAAAUCUUUAAAUGAGAUUUUAUAAUCUAAGUAAAGUGAAGUAGAUCAUUUACAAAUGAAAUUGGAAGCAGAAGACACAGUAAAUAAGUAAUAGAAUUUUUAAAAUACAUAAAAUAUGAAGACUACUGAAAAAAAGAUUAAAGAUUUAGAAAAAGAAAAACAAAUCUUUUAAGAAGAUAUAAAAAAAAAAGAAUAAGCUAUUAAUACAUUAGAAGUUAAAUUAUAAACAGUUAUAAAAGAUAGAGACAUUACAUCAAAUUAAUUAAAAAAUUAAAUUAAAGAUUUAUAGCAAUAAUUAAUAUCAAGUAAUUAAGGAGUUGAGGAAUAAAAGAUUUGGGUUAUUCAUUAUAAAAAAGAAGUAGAUAAAUUGAAUAAAGAAGUUCAUCUAUUUUAAUAAAUUUCUUAAUAAUAUUAAAGUCAAAAAAACGAAAUUGAUUCUAUCAAAUAAGAAAAUCAAAAAUUAAACAAAUAACUAGAUAAUUAAUAAUAAUAAACAGUGUCACUUAAGAAGGAGACAGAUUAAUUAAAAUAAGAAAAAAUAAAAUUGAUUGAUUAGAUUUCUUAAUAAGAAAAUAAAAUAUUAGAAUUAGAAGAGAUUAGAUUAUAAAAAUAAAUACUUUAAGGAAAAAUGAAUGAGUUAUAAUAAAGCUAGACAGAUAUUUAAUAAAAAUAUUAAUAGUCAUAAAUUUAAUUACAUUCUCUAUAAGAGGAUCUAUAGCAUUCAAAGAAAGAAAUUUAGGAAAUUAAACAAAAAAAUAAAGUAUUAGCAUAAUAGUAAUAAAAUGAAAUGUAAAAAUUUAAUUAAGAAAUGCUCACAAUUUAAGAAGAAUUGGAACAAAGUAGAAAAAUAUAAAUGGAAAUUAAGAAGUCAGAAUAAGAGUAAAGAGAAUAGAAUAUGUAAAUAAGAUUGAAUUGUGAAAAUUUAAAGAAAGAAAAUUAAGAAUUAUUGAAUUAAAUUGAUGAGAUUCAAUAAGAUUUAAAUUAUGAGAAAUAAGAGAUAUUGAAGAAAGAUGAAAUAAUUUAUAAAUUGUCUGAUUAAGUAAAAUACAAAACUUAAUAAUUAGAGGCUUAAAAUACAUUAAUGAAUUAGGUAGAAUAGAAUAAAUUGAACUAAACUAAUUAGAUAUUAUAAUAAUCUAACUAAUUGACAAAUCUAUCAAAAGAGCUAUUUUCUUUAAAGUAAUAAUUAUAAAUAAAUGAUACUUAAAGUGAUUCAUAUAAGAGAGAAGUUGAUAGAUUAAGAAGAGAAUUAGAGUUUUAAAUAAAGUAAGUAGAAGAUUAUAAAUAAUAAAAUAAAAAGAUUUAGUAAUAGUUAGAUUUUGAGAAGAAACAUAGCUAAAAAUAAAAAAUAUAUGAGGCAUCUGAGUUAUUAAGUAAGAUUGAUAAUACACUUUCUCCAAUAAAAGAAUUGAAAGUAAAUAAAUGAUUUAUUUAAAGGGAUAACCUUUAUAUGGUAGUUCUGACAGUAAAACUUAAAAAAGAAUUUUUUAGUAAAAAACUCCUUAAAAGGAAUAUGGUUUUUAGAAUUCAAGCAGUGCUUCAAUGCUUAAUGCUUCAUUUAAUUCAUAAGAUUAAUUAGCCAAAGAAAACAAAAAGUUAAAAUAAAGUUUGGAUUAAAAGUUAAAAGUAAAAGAUGAAUUUAUAUAAGAUUAUUGAAUAAUUAGAAUAAGCAUUAUUAUAAAGUGAGUAAACAUUGAAAGAAGUGCAUGAGAAGGCAAAUUAAUUUUGUUAGUAAUAGGAAGAUGAAAUAAAAUAAAUAAAAGAUUAAUAUUCAAGACUUGAAUAAGAACAUAAUGCCAUAUUAGUAAUUAUUUCCAUAUAUUAUUUAAGGCUGAAAGAGAAUAUGAGAAUUAAUAGAUAAAUAAAUAAAAAGAAUAAGCUUUAUUUAAAGUUCAGAUUUUAUAAGAUGAAGUUUUGAAAUCAAAAAGAGGAUCUAUUGGAAGUUAGCAUAUUCCUGGAUCUAAAUAUUCUGAAACUGCUAAUGAUAUAUCAAUGAGAGAAACACCAUCAUCAUCUCAUAGAUAUAAAUUUUCAGAUGGAACAUUCAAAUCUUAUUAUGGAAUUGAUGCUCAUUCAAAAUUAAUUUAUGAUACAGUAAUAAUCAUAUAUAAAUUAUAGUAAAAACUUUUACUUGAAAAUUAAAGAUUAAAUAGUCAAAUGUGCAAAUUAUAUUAGAUUCUAGGAUUGGAUAAAAAUAGAUCAAAUAGAUUAGAAGAUGGAGAAAAGAUUAUAUAAUCAGUGCAACUAUUAUUAUAAGAAGUUAUUGUAAUUCUAAUUUAUUUAUCAUUAAAGGAUUGUAAAUAGGAAAUUUAAAAUUUAAUUUAAGCAUAACCUUCAAGAAGUUUGAAGUAUUAGUCUAUGGAGAAGGAAUUAUUAUAAACAAAAUAAAAAUACUAUGCUAUUGAAAGGAGUCCUAAAUUUUGGAAUUCUAGUAAUGAUACUCCAAAAGCUAAAUUUUUUAAUUACUCAAAUUCAUCAGGGAAAUGA